AUGCGAAAUCGUUUGAGCCUUCAGACGUGGGUCGAAUCUACGCCCACCGUGUCCGAUCCCAAGGACGAUGACUGGCGACAGAGGCUCGCCGGCAUGCCAGGCGCUUUUACCCAAGACACCUUAUCUCGAAAUGGAUAUGACGAAGAGAAGUGCCGCAAUGUUCUUGUCAGAUACUGCGCCCAUAUUCCUCGCAACUAUCAGUAUUGUGACGGUAUUCAGUUGGUGUUUUUGGUUCUACGCGAGCAUCUCGGAGACGAAAACCUGGAUCUAGCAGGCGGAGUGCUCUACGAGCUGAUCGAAAUCGACUGUCAGUACUCUGAUGACCCGGGAGCCGAGUUUCAACGCUGGAAACAUGACCAUCUCAACCGACAUUCAAAUCUCGAGUUGCCUCACAUACCACACAUGUCAACAAUCACUACCUCUAUACGACCGACACUCAGUCUCGUACAUCGCAAGGCAUGGAUGAUUGAUCACACCAUGUACGUCUCUACGCGCGAGAGCGGCACCUGCGCAUUUCGCAGUCCCAAUCCAAAGGAGCUGCACGAAAUGCAGUGGGACAUCGGCACUUCACAGGCCGGGAGGCUCAUAAAGGAAGAGGAAGUGACACCAACAACCGCGUCAUUUCCAAGGCCAGAUCCGAGAAACAGCAACGAUACGGUCGACAUUGAACAGAGCAAACUUACAGCUACGAUCAAGGGCAAAUCAGGCAUUCUGCGUCGUGCUUUUCAGAGAAGAUACCCCCUCAAGAAGGCUGUCUGUGAAGGACGACCGCUAGAGAGCAAACGCCGCAGCUGGCUUGCAAAUAUCUUUGGUCUGGACACCGUCCUAUCAAUGCACGACUCUGUCGAUGUCACGCCAGUGCCUCUGCCCGAUGGCUGCAUGACACCGCAUGCAAUAUUUGCGCGAAAAUUCUCCCUGGUCGCCGACGGUCUGCCGCUGCCAUCGUCUUUGUCACGUGAUCUUAUGCCCACAGCAGACAUCAAGGCCAGGAAGUUGCUCGUGGAAGCUGCGUCGGAAGGUCUAAUGAGCCCGUCUUAG